AUGGCAAAACUCGUACAACACAAACUAAUGAUCUCUGAAAUGAGUCAAACUUUUGAUUCAGUGUUUGGAUCAUCAUCGGGUUCGAUUCAUCACAGCAACAAAAAUAAAAAUUCAUCAUCUUCAUCAUCACUAUCGAAUAGAAAACAACAAGUUGAACUGGAAUUCGAAACUGAAGGUGAUGAAAAUGCUGUUCAAGUCAAGUUUGAAAAAUUGAAAGGAGGAAAGUCUGAGAAACGAUACAAAUUGAUAAUUAAUUAUCCUAAAGAACGCAGUGGUGAAAUUAAAUUUUCCAUCAGCAAGUAUUGCAUUGAAAAGAAGCAAGUGAUUGUCUUGAUUGAGGAUUUUAAAUUGGAGAAGAGUGUUUCAUUAUUUGUUGGACGAAUUGCUGCAGAGAGUAAAAUUUUCAUGAUUGAAUUGAAAGAGGAAUAUAUUGGAAUGCCAAUUGCAAAGGUGGCUGAGAAAUUGUUUGCUCCACAUUGCAUUGAUAAGAGUGUGACUAGUGAGGGAUGUAUGAUAAUUAAUCCUAAUUUGUUCUUUGUGGAUGAACCCUCCCAAAUGAUCAAAACGACAUGUGAUAUGGCAAUGGGAAUGUUCGAUCCAAGUGGGAAUCAUUCACAUAUUGAACCAGUUCUACAUCAAUUGAGCAUUGGAUACAGAAAGUAUAAUCAGAUUUGGGUGAAAGGCUUUUCAUUCAUGAAUGGAUUUUCUCCAUUCAAAGCAGUUCUAAAUGCCGCUAAUAGAGAUACUAUUGGAGAACAUUCUUUCGGUUUUUGUUUCAAGAAUGGAACUUACAAAUUCAAUAGUGGAUAUUAUUUUGAGAAUGUGGAAAGAUAUGAAUUUGAGGAAUGUGUUGAAUUUUCUUUAGGAUACAUGGGAAAGUCAACCAAAUUCCAGAAGGGAAACUUUCUAGACUUUGUCUAUGUGAGAGGGAAAGUAAAGAAGGGAACAAAGAGUGUUUGCACAUUGACAAGUUGGAAGAGAUUAUGUAUCCUUAAUUCCUAUUAUUCAACUUGGAUCACAACAAUUACUUUGAAAAAAUGA